AUGUUCUGUCCCUACUGGGGCUUCCUGAGUAUCGGCCAUAUCAGACUGACACAUCUUCUUCCGGGCAGCAUCCAUUAUAGGAACAUUCUCCACUAUGUGCCGCCAGCUCCAGAUGGGGUGAUCCGGACCAAUCCAUUCUCCCAUGCUAUCAACUGUUUCUAUCCUAGGUUGUGGAACAUCUCUUCCCUUGGUCUCCGACCGACUUGGAUCCCUUUCAGUUCUACCGUGAUGGACACACAGAGUCUGGCCUUUGCACUGGAAGUCUACGACAGUAGCUGGUCACAACUGAUGCCUGACCCUACUUACUAUCUUGGGGACCUCAUCAACAUCCAGGCAUCAGUAAGAAAGGAUAACCAUGUACCACUGAGAAUCUAUGUGGAUGAAUGUGUCGCUCGCCCAAAUGCAGAAUCCUCUGUGAAAUAUGAGGUCAUCACAAACCAUGGGUGCUUUGUAGAUGGGCAGCACAGCGGCUCCCAUUUUCUUGCCAUGCGAGAAGAUGGGUUUCUCCGUUUCCAGCUGGAUACAUUUACCUUCACUGGAGCCUCCAACAAUCAGGUUAAGAGAGAGGAUGGGAAGAAAUGGAAGUUGAAUUUCUAAAUGUAGAGUUAAUAUUAUACUUGAUUUGUGGCUGGGUAAGAGUUGGGGUGGAAAA